CCUAUCACGGCCCCGUUGAUCCUGCAAAUAUAGUCACUAUUUAGACACAGCCGGCUGCAUAAAUAGGCCCUCUCUCAUCCACCCGAAUUGAAGUAUCACAUAUCAAUUUGGCAUCUAGUCCACUCCUCAUACAACAAGCUUGUAAGCCCUGUGUCAACUACCCGCAAACAUGACCGGAAUCAUGAACUAUCUCCGUCGACCUCGAGCAACGGACUCAGGUAUCGAGAUGUCCGCUACUAUCACAGCAAGUUCUUCAACGCCUAGUUGGGGUGUGAUAGAACUUAAAGAUUUACGCGACAAGGACAACAAUCCUGUGGACUUUACCAAGGAUGAUUACCUUGGUAUUGCAUUGCUAUCACCCGUCAAGGUCGAGGAUACGGAGGUCAAUGUUUCCACUGAUCCUUGGUACGAUUUCACAUGUGAGGUUAGCAAUUUCUCGAGCGGUAACGAUGUCGAAGUCCUUGUGAAGAUCACAUUCAAGCCUAAUUGGGAUGGGGAAGCCGACAAGUUCCAAGUCAAAGUUGUCCAGCUGGGAAUGGCUGGCGAUCCGCAAGAUGAGCACUACAAGGACUCGGUGCGCCUGUGGAAGAAUUCUCUGCCCGAUGAAACCGGUACCGUCCCAAUUGUGUGUGACAGUCGACCGGAUGGGAUUCCCUACUCCAACCAGACGGUGGUUUUCACAAACGAUGAUGGGAUAAUCAUGAAAGAGGUACCAUUUGGUCAAAAGACUGAGGUAACCUUGAACCGGGGCAGCUACAGAGUUGCUGCUACAGAAGCUUUCACGGACGAUGAAACCACCGUUGCUAUCGCAAAGGCUCAGCCAGACCAAGUGGAGGUCAAACAGGGGACUACAAGCUCAGAUGUCAACGUUACGUACGAUGUUCAACACUACAGCGCGACAGACGUUGUAAUUGACAAUAUAGUCGGGCUCGAGGGAGAGGAAGUGCAUGUCAAGUUCAGCAGCGAAGACAGUCUGCUCCAUGAUUUUUGGAGUUCUGUUCCACAGACCACAAAGCCACGUCGAGUACUCCCAUCGGGUGGCAACGCAACUAUUAGCGUUGAUUCAAUUAUCGUGAAUAAUGUUCAAUAUGAAUUCACUCCGAAGCAGGUUGAUUUAUCAAGCAAUAAUUCUGUCUUGUUUACGGCUGGCGAUGUUAUUCAGCAUCAAAUAGAAGUCUCGGGUGCCGUCAAGCUACCCAUCCAGCUGAAAAAGCCAGGCUCAAUAACCGCAGGAACAAUGGUGGUGCACCUCAUUCAACAAGAAACCCGCCUUAUUUACAAGGAAAAGGUGGACGUGAACGAAGAGAAUCCCCAGUUCCAGGUGUUGGUGGCCCCGGGAGAUUACGAAGUGCAGGCAAAUCGGUUCAUCGAGAAUGGAAUCUUGUAUAAACCUACAUUUGACCCCAGUAUCACCGUCAACGAAGAUGGUAACACUGAACUGGAAUUGCAGGUGGACCUCGUCGCCAAUCUCAAUGUCCCUGGCUUCCCCAACUUCUUGAGUUUCGGUGCUUGCACCCGGGACCUCAGCGAACCUACGAACUCGGAUGACACUGAUAACGACUUAACAGACUUUGUGCAAGCUGGUGCAUCGUCAAUAUUCAAAUAUGCUGGUCAGGGUGGCGACGGCGACCCCGAAGUUGAUCUAACAGAGAGUCUAGAAUGCACACCAAGAGUGAUUGCCCUUGCGAGCGAUAUCGAAAAAGCCAUCGGAAGCGAUCAUACUGUUCUGCCAGUGUUGAUAUCAUAUACCUGCAACUUUUCUGGUGGGAACGAUGUCCUGACAGAUACCACCAGACACCGCCAUAGCCUUGGAAAUUUCAUUCAGUCGCUACAACUCACCAUGAAGAGUGACCAGGCGCCACGCUCUCUACGCGCUGCGUACAUCCUCAACCCCGAUUUCAUUGGCGAGUGCCAGAAGCGUGGCUACGAAGCGGACUCAGAAGUACCGUUCCUCAAUUCUCUGAAAGAAGCCCUUGAAUACCGGGGUGAAGCAGAUAAGGUCGAGCUUAUUCCUAGCGACAUUGACGAUACCCUUCGUGGAUAUGUACGUGCACUACACUGGCUGGUGCGGACUCUGACGAAGGAUCCCGACACCGGUAAGCCUGCCGUUUCGCUCGGAUGGCAGGUCAAUCUCUGGGCAGGAGAAGCCGCCGGUGCAGUGUGGAUUUACACGGACGAAAAUCAGGCAUCGGACAAGGCGAAGAAGACAGCCGACUACUUGGAUGAACUUGGGGUAUGGCCCAAACAAGCUUCCCAGCAGGCGGAUGAAGAUGAGCUAGCUCCUCUCGACUUUCUGGCCGUUGACCGUUGGGAACGCGAUGAUUACAGAAAUGAUAGCUACCCCAAGUUCUUCUGCUUUGCUCCGCGUGAAUGGAGCAGGUAUAUUGAUUUCUGUGAAACACUUGGCGCAGAACUGCAUGCCCCGAUCAUGCCUUGGCAGGUGUCAGCAGCUCGCACGCCAACCUUCAAAGAUGACGUUUCGAACAAUUUCUCGACAGCACAGCAUUGGGGUACCGGGGGCAGCUGCAUUUUGGGCGAUCCAAGUAUUGGAUCCGAGUACUACCGCAUCCAUAAGAGGAUCUUGUCGCUGGGAUUGAAUGAGGUGCAAUUUCACGUUAAAACCGUGGAAGAGCUGUGGAAGCGCUCUCAACCCUUUGAUAUCAGUAUUCCAGGUUACCAAGGCCUCCAUUUACGGGGAAUCUUCGCUGUCCUGCUAGGUGGUGGUGACACAACCGGCAUUGUGAGUAGCCUUCCUCAGGCUGGUGAGAAGCAGGAUGCUUGGGUGCGGGAAAGACUCGGAGAAUAUAUCAAGAACCCGAUUUAUUUCCAAACCGAUUGAGGAGGGAGCGUGUAAUCGAACGCUACGACUGAAUUCAGGACAUCGUUGCCUGCCAUUACUACGAUUUUCGGGUUUCUAACGUGGCACUAGCCACCUGUACUUGGGUUUAGGCGGAACUUGCAAGCUGUGUUCAGAAUGGAACAGUAUGAUUACGAUUUGAAUGCGGAGGGCUAGUGCUAAUGAUUAUAGCUUUUUAUCAUUAUGUUUUAUGUACGCAAUCAUGUUCCUGACCGAGAAUGGAAGAAUGUUUAUUGCCGUUGUGCUUUUUGUUGCAUCAGAAUGGCGAGUGGGAUGUCUUCCUCGUCGUAGAAUUCGACGUCCUCUUCAACCCCAAAGUCACAUAGCCGUUCGCCCUCAGAAUUCUUCCACCCUUCCUCGCCAUCUUCAGGCUCAGUACUAUAACUUGGCGAAGACUCCCGAGAAGAGCCGCUCUGAUUUAUUUCUUCCUGUG